AUGACGUUCAUUGAGAACCCUGUCAUUCCCAAAGGAUCGAUUGCUGUGAUCACUGGCGCUAAUGGCUACAUUGCGUCUCAUAUUGUAGACCAGUUCCUUCAACAUGGGUACAGAGUUCGCGGAACGGUCCGUAACCCGAAGAAGAGUGCUUGGCUCGUCCCACACUUCGAAAAGAAGUACGGGGCAGGGAAGUUCGAACUACAUGUGGUUCCUGAUAUGCAGGUUGAUGGCGCGUAUGAUGAGGCUAUCAAAGGAGCAUCCGUUUUCGUGCACACUGCAACCGUCAUUGACUUCAACGGCGACCCAGCCGAAGUAAUCGGAGGUGCAGUCAAAUGCGGAAUGGUCGCUAUCGAGGCAGCAUACAAGGAACCGAGCAUGAAGCGGUUCAUCCUAACUUCAUCAGCGUCAACUCUCAUGCCACUGAAGAAGGAGAACUUCUUUGCCCUAAAGGGCCAGACGGUGGGUGUGGACACAUUUGGUCACGACGCCAAGGAACUGGCUUGGGCCCCUCCUCCAUGGGGCGUUGAACACGGCGGAGCAAUCUACGGUGCAAGUAAGAUGGAGCAAGAGCAAAGCAUCUGGAAAUUCUACGAAGAGAAUAAACCCAAUCGGCCAGAUAUAGUGGUCAACUCGAACUUCAACUUUGGAAGAAGCAUAGACCCUUCUCAAACUGGAGGCUCAUCAUCGUUUGGCCUCAUUGUCGAGCUUUUCGAAGGAAAGACUCUUCCCGAGCUUUGGCAUCUUCCCCACUAUUUUGUCGACGUCGAGGAUGAUGCUGCUCUGCACGUUGCAGCGGCUAUCCUGCCUGAUGUCGAGAGUGAACGCAUCUUCGCAUUUGCCUAUCCAAUGAAUUGGGACAUAAUCUUGGAAAUUCUUCGGAAGCAGAACCCGGGAAUGAAGUUCGCCGAUAACUUUCACAAUGAAGAAUAUCCUGUCACAGUGAGGCCCAUUGCCAGGGCAGAAAGCCUUCUGAAGAGACUGGGAAGGCCGGGUUGGAUCUCUUUGGAGCAAAGCAUCGCGACUAACACUGAACACCUGAAAACUCCAAACGGUGCAUAA